AUGCUGCGGCAGCUGCUGCAGCCGCUGCAGCUGCAGCGGCUGCUUCGGCCUGCGUUUUCUGUGCUGCUGCUCCUGCUGUUCAAGCAGAUAGCAGCAGCAGCACAACACGUUGGUACUGACGCUUGGCUGCUGCAGACAGCAGGGCCAGUGCAACAGUUGCUGUUGGGCCCACCACCAACGGCAAGAGUAGCCGCAGCAGCAGACCCAGCAGCAGCAGCAGCAGAUUGGACGGGUGUUACCAUUUCUGCAACAGGAACAGUUUCAGGUGUACGUGCAGCUACUGGAGAGCAGCGAUGGCGACUUGUGCUGAGUGAGGGGUGGAAACUGCAACAACAGCAGCAAAUAGGGCCUCUACUGCUGCUGUUGGCGAAUGUAGACCACCCUUUAUCUGCAGCAGCAGUUGCAGACGCAGCAGCAGACCCAACUAGAGCAGCAAAUGCAGGAGAAACAGCAGCAGCAGACCCAGAGAUAGCAGUAUCAACAAACCCAACAACAACAAAAACAGUAGCAGCAUCAGACACAACAGCAACAAAGGCACCAGCAGCAACAGCAGCAAAAUUCGGGGGUACUCUGCAUGCAAUUGACCUUAGAGAUGGCGUUUUGCUGUGGAAGGUGGGAGGGGACAUCAGCAGCUUUGCUGCUGCUACCUCGGGCCCCAGUCCAGGAGCAGCAAAAACAGGAUCAGCACCAGCAGCACCAACAGCAGCAGUAGCGGAAGCUGUGUUCGUUGCUUGCAUGACGCCUCGGGGUCUGGAGACUCGCGAUGCCUUGUCAGGGCGUGUCUUGUGGACACAGACCCUCAGCAGCAGCAGCAGCAACAGCAGCAGCAGCAGCAGAAAUCUUGGCCUCGUUUCUGUGCAGCGGGAGAAUGAAGGGGAGAUACAGCAGGCAAACUUCUGUCUGCUGCAGCAGCAAACCCCAGGAGGCAAACUCAGCAGCAGCUGUUACCACGCUUGGGACGGGCAGCAGCAGGAGCAACAGCCGCAGAAACAGCAGCAGCAGAAACAGCAGCAGCAGGCGAAGGUUGACGCCUCCGAGUCAUUGUCCAUUAGGCCCCUUGGGAGCAAUUGCUACGUGCUGAAGAGUGAAUCCCAUGUGUACUUGCUGCGGCUCACAGAACAGGGAGGACUGGAUGCUCUCCAAGCCCUAAACCCUCAGUCCCUAAACCCUAUGGCCGGAAACCAUAGCCUGUUGCCACUUGGUGGCUGUGCAGCACUCGUGCAGUCCACGGGCUUGUCCGGUGGAGGCUGGGCAGUGACUCCUCUUGAGACUCAGAGACUGGAGAAACCCUAUCAGCACGUUGUUGCAGUGAAGGUUUCUGAAGGAGUUAUUGAGUCGAAGUUGCUAAAUCUUGAAACCCUUGCAGAGACCGCCUUCAUUAGGGAGGAGCUGCCCACAGCAGCAGCAGCAGCAGCAGCAUGGCGAGCAACUGGGGUGUCUUGUCAGGGCCCCAGCGCAGUUGCAGCUUUGGCUUUUGCUGGUGCAGCACAGCAUCAGCAGCCGCAGCUGCUGCUGUUGCUGUCUGAUUUCUCGCUGGUGCUGCUGCAGAAGGACUUGGGUGUCUCUUGGCUGCGGGAGGAGGGCUUGAGUCUCCUCACAAGUGCUGCUCUCGGAGCUCUGCCUUCCGUGCAAGAGAGCGAAGAACAGAUGGAGGCUGCAACAGCUGCAUCGCGGGGUCUCAUGCAUGCUGCAGCAACAGCUGCUGUAACAGCAGCAGAAGAGGCUGCAGCAACAGCAGCUUCGAUUGCAACUGCUGUAGGCGGCGCCGCUGCAGACGCUGCGUCUGCUCUCGUGUCCAAGGGUUUAGGAUUUGCUGCGUCGCUUCUGGGGAGGCAGGAAAUCCCACCUGAAGUCGCUGCAGCAAGCCGUGCCAACCUGUCUCCUCUCUUCAACUUUAGGCUCUCUGCAGCAUCGAAGUUACAAGCUCUUGGGCUGCAGCAGCAGGACCAGCAGCAGCAGACCGAACAGCAACAGCAGCUGCUGCUGCAGCUUACAGCAGAAAUGCAUACGAGGCAAAAAGCCCAACCCUUUGGCUGGAGGAAUAUAAUCAUUGCUGCCAACUGCAACAAUAAGAUGCUUGUGCUGCUGCAGUUGGUGCUGCUGCCUCAGGUGCAGGCGCGAAGGAGCAGCAGCGAACCCAACCCACCCGAGGUAAACCCUGUCUCUUUUGUUGCGUUGCCCCUGCUGCAGGAGACAGAGCUGCUUUGGAUCGACCUAGGCAGAGGAGAGCUGCAGCAGCAGCAGCGAGUCCAGUUUGCCGCUGCUGCUAUUCUCCCGCUGCAGCAUCUGGAACUGCAGGAUGCAGCAGCAACAGCCGCAGCAGCAGUUGCUGGCGCCGAAAACCAGACAACGGAUUUGCUUCUGCAGCGGCUGCAACACAGCAGCAGUGCCGUUGUGUUGCUGGGGAAGCAGAAGCAGAAACAGAAGCAGCAGCAGCAAUUCCUCUUGUACCUCGCAGAGCCACAGCACCAGAUCGCGCCUUCUGCGGCGGUGACAGAAGAGAUCCCACUCCCGUUGGCUCACCUGCUUUCUUCCCGCGUUUCCUUUUACAUCACAGACGACUGCAGCGGGUUGAUUGAAGGGUUUUCUGUCUUGCCGCUAACUUCACCGAAGGAACCCUCCGCCGCGGGAACGGUGAAGAUGGGGGCAUUUGCAACUUGGUCUCUCGACUUCUCAGCUCAAAAGCAGAUCAUUCUCACCACAGCGAACGCCAUGCAUCGAUCGCUUCGGCAGGUGCCUGUCUUCGUGCAUGCGGAUGUCUCCGUGGGCUAUAAACACAUUGACCCAAACCUCGUUGCUGUCGUAACUGCGGAUGAGGGUUUAGGAGGCGCACUAAUGCUGCACCUUCUGAACGCCGUGUCGGGGGAAAUCGCACAUCAACAAGUCCUCCCUGCAGGAGCCUCGAAGCCCCUCCUUGUUGCCGUGUGCGAGGAUUCGGUGUACGUACACUUUUGGAAUAUUUUUGCUGCGCGUUUUGAGCUGCUGGUUGUCACCCUUACGGAAGACAGACCAGACCCAGGGCCGUUGGGUUUGAUAUUCCCAUCGGCGCGUCGCAGCCCUCACAAGGGCGGAGGCAAGCCCGUAUCGGGGAUGAGGGCCGAGGGUUUAGGGUUUAGCGUUAAAGGGCUUGGGACUGGCUGGUCGUACGCCCUCAGGUUCGAGCUAUGGAAAUUGGGUGCUAGUAGCAGUACACAGCAGAUUCAUCUGCUGUCUACCCGCUUGGCUAAUGCAAAGCGUCCGCUACCGCCUGCUGCAGCUGCAGCAGCGGCGGCAGCAGCAGCAACCGCAGGUACCUCAGGACCGGAAGCUGCGACAGCAGCAACAACACCCGACAACAUUCCUGUGUACUCUCCUUUGCUUCCUCUAAACCCCCUAGACUGUCUCUACUACGGACGAAAGGUGUCUCAAGUGCGGGGUGUGCUUGCCCACCCAUCUGAGAGGGAGUCGACUUCUUUGGUUUUUGCCUUUGGUUUAGACAUUCUUUAUUCUCCUGUGCAGCCUGCAAGCGGGUUUGAUACCCUUUCUUCCACCUUUCCUUAUUCCUCGUUGCUGCUGGCCUUCGUUGCUCUUGUUGCCGCCGCAGCAGCAGCAGAUUACACUCAAAAGAAAAACGCCCUCAAGGCUAAAUGGGCCUAA